GCAGGGGGUUGGAACGAGAUGAGCAUUGUGCUCCUUUGCAACCCAGGCCAUUUUGUGAUUCUAUGAAAUGCAGUUUGGAAGAACUGCAGAUUGCUUUGAAGGUCAGGGGCCUGAAGGACAACAAAGUGCAGGUUGAAUUGGAGAUUGUGGGUUCUCCUCUGUGCCUGUUCUAGGUCCCUCUUACUUUUGCUUAGUGGACAUGGAGGAUCUCUGCGGUUAACACUCGCCUAGUACUUGUGGAAUCAUCACUUCUCUUGCUUAUUUCCUCCUACAGCUUACCAGUGGAAUAUAUUUCACUACGAUGCUACAAAACUCCUUUUUAAAUUAUUUACAAGAGAAUAAUAAGAAAACGAAAUAAUAAUAAAACACAAAGUGGUUUUCAUGGUGGUGCUGGUCAGACAACAGUGACUCAGCUGCAUCCAUCGCCCUCCGCUCCUUUUGUUCUCUUAAACACUGCCUUCUCUAUUCUCAAUUCUUUAAUUCUUUUCAGUCUUGCAUGGGCCCUGCUCAGCUCCCAGCAGGGCUGUGUGGUGCUGCCUGCCCCAAGCUUUCCUCAGCUGCUGCUCUGCAUGCAGUGCUGCGCUUGGUGCCUCGGUGUGUGCUUCACCCACGUGGAAAGCAGUGCUUUGGGGUGCAGCAGCUGUGGGGCACCUGAGAGCUGGGUGAUGGUGAGUCCAGGUCAGCAGUGUUCUGUUGCUUUGAUCUGAGAGUCUCCUUCAGUGGCAUGGAUUGAUUGCGUGAAGGCUUGGGACUUAACAUGCCUCCAUCAUCAAGUCUGGCAGAACACUAUUUGCUGCUACGACCUUCAAGUGUGCUGCCUUCAGCAGGUGAUUAAUUAGCAGUGGGAUGCAGGACAGAGCUUCUCAGGUCUUCAGGGCUGCAGCAGGAUGGCAGGCAAAGCAUGAGGAACAGCGCUGGAGCAGAACUGCCUGCAUCCUGCUGCAGCUCUCCUGGAACUCUAAGGGAACUCCCCUCAGGAAGGUGACUCACUGGAUGUCCGUGCUCCCUGACCACCUCCCUGCUCUGCCAUGGGGUGCCAUGGCCGCCCUGCGCCUGCAGGGCCCGGCAGCCUCAGGGCUGUACUGGCGGCGGCAGGGCCGGGCAGGCACAGCCCCCAGGGCCCAAGGGUACGUGUGUGUGGGGGUCGGGGGCACAGCUGUGGUGGUGGGUGUUCUUUGUGUCGGGGCAGGAACUGUCUGUGCUCAGCAAGACAGGAUGAAGCCUGGUUCUAUUUCCAAGCAGAUUACGAAGGAGAGGACUUUCCUGGUGGGGAAGCUUUCAGUUUUUAACAAUAGCAGGAAAGAAGCAGUGGAGAACCUUUCCGUGUGGAAGCUGGGUUGUUCAGAGCCAGCAGCAGCUCAGCUCUGGUUAGUGCUGGAGUGCUUCGGUGCCGUGGGGACAGAGGAAUAGUAAAAUGCAGUCAUUCAAAGCACUGAGGCUCAGUAACCUGUUGGUACUUAAUAUGUCUGAUGCUCUCGCGAAUGCAGUGUGUGAACGCUGCCAGACUCGAUUUGAUCCCGCGGAGAGGAUUGUGAACAGCAAUGGGGAGCUCUACCAUGAGAACUGCUUUGUCUGUGCUCAGUGUUUUCGCCAGUUCCCAGAUGGACUUUUUUAUGAGUUUGAAGGUCGGAAGUACUGUGAGCAUGACUUUCAGAUGCUGUUUGCUCCUUGCUGUGGAGAAUGUGGUGAGUUCAUCAUUGGGCGUGUUAUCAAGGCAAUGAACAACAACUGGCACCCAGAAUGUUUCCGUUGUGAGCUCUGUGAUGUGGCACUUGCUGACCUGGGUUUUGUGAAGAAUGCUGGCAGGCACCUGUGCAGGCCGUGCCAUAACCGUGAGAAAGCAAAGGGGCUGGGCAAGUACAUCUGUCAGAAGUGCCACCUGAUAAUUGAUGAGCAGCCUCUGAUGUUCCGCAAUGAUUCCUACCAUCCAGAUCACUUCAAUUGCACCCACUGUGGGAAGGAGUUGACUGCUGAGGCCCGGGAGCUGAAGGGAGAGCUGUACUGCCUGCCCUGCCAUGACAAGAUGGGAAUCCCCAUCUGUGGAGCCUGCCGCAGGCCCAUCGAGGGCCGAGUGGUCAAUGCCCUGGGAAAGCAAUGGCAUGUUGAGCAUUUUGUUUGUGCUAAAUGUGAGAAGCCAUUCCUGGGGCACCGCCACUAUGAGAAAAAAGGACUGGCUUACUGUGAAACUCAUUAUAACCAGCUCUUUGGAGAUGUUUGCUACAACUGCAGCCACGUGAUAGAGGGAGAUGUGGUAUCAGCUCUUAACAAGGCCUGGUGUGUGAACUGCUUCUCGUGCUCCACCUGCAACAUCAAGCUCACACUGAAGAAUAAGUUUGUGGAGUUUGACAUGAAGCCUGUAUGCAAGAAGUGCUACGAGAAAUUCCCACUGGAACUGAAGAAACGCCUGAAGAAGCUGUCAGAGCUGGCAUCCAAGAAGGCACACCCCAAAGCCCUGGAUUUAAAUUCUGCUUAAACAGGUCUGUCCAUCUGUUGACUGUGCUCUUGCAGUCAUGAGGUGCUGCUCACAGCAGCUGUUUUGAUUAAAAGAGAAUUACUAAGAACAAGUGAAACCAAAGAAAAGUGGUACCUUGCCCUGCUUCUGGUAAUGUAGCCUGCAUCUUGACUCUCUCUUUUUCUCAAGCAACUGCCUAUUAACACUGGCAGAAAGAGCAGUUUACAGGCUGGUUAUUAAUUUGCUAACAUCUUAUUUUUAAACUGUACAGCAUCUUUCUUUCUUUCUUUCUUCAGUUGAACUGUACUUCUCUCUCCAUUCCUCUACAGUCUAAUGAAUUUAGAAACACUAAUUGAGUGUAGCGGUGGAAGAAACGUGUUGUUUGCUCUUUUUUGGUUCAAGAUUACUGGGUAAGCUCAGGAGCCAAUAGUUACAACACUUUCAUUGCCUACUUGUCUGACUCAGAACCAAUGUUAGGACCACUGCAGAAGUUUACUUUGCUGUUUCUCUGUUCAGCAGUAAGGAGAUUGCAGUUGCCAACGCUACGUCAGCCUCUUCUGAAUGGUUGGGCUCCUUUUAAGGAGGUGCUGGCUGUGGAAAAGGAUAAACUUUGUUAGAAACUGGUGCUAUGAUUUCUCAGUCUGUCCUCUUUAUCCAUUAUGAGAUUCUGGUGGUCAGCACAAAGCACAUCCUAUCCUUGGACAAAGCUGACACUUCUAGUUCUUUUGAAUUAUGAAACCCAGUUGAUAAUAUGGCAUUAGUUUAUCUGCUUCAGUCUCAAAUCCAAUCCUUCUCACUUUGUUUGAAAGGUGAGAAUACACUCUGAGGUCACUCUCCACAAAGCUGAAUUACAUUAAGAGAUUUCUGUUAUUUGUAGUUGAUCACAAAUGCUAUCUUACAGAGAAAAAUCAGUGAAUGUUUUUCAUAAAAUUCACCCAAAUAAGAGCCACCCAACAUCUUUCUUCUUAAGACCUGAAUGUGUACUUAAAGAGAGGACCUCAGACCUGAAUCUAUACCUUUUAAUAUAUAGUUUUGCUUGCAGAUUUCCUUCUGCUCUGUAGUUUUUCCUCUCACUUGUGCAGUUUUGCUCAUACAACCCAAGGUGCCAAAAAUAUAUUGGUUUUGAUCAUUCUUACUGUUUCUUUAGGGGUGAUCUGAACCAAUCUGAGCAGACUGAGAAUGGCUUUCCAUGAAUAGUUGGAGACUGUAUCUGGCUAUUUUGUGAGAUGGACAGGAUUGAGGGCACUGGAAGACUGCUGUCCCAUGUGGGAUUUAAAUCUACCAGAAAGUGUAUAGUUCAGCAGAUGAAGUGAAUAAAGCAGUUGGGCCUGAGGCAGCACCCUGUUAGCAAGAAGUUAAAGCUUCCUCACUUUUUGCAUGUGUGAGAAACAACUGGAUUGGGUAAUCUACCUUAAAAUUGCCCUCACUGCCAUUAUGCUCUGCUCCAAAUGGAUCUGCACAAGGUAAAGCACUGAUAGCUGUUCAUGUGCUUGCUGUGCAGCCACUGCCCAUGGAACUGCAGCAGUGGUCUCAUGGCAGCAGUGGGAAGUCAUGGUUAACUGUGCAGAUAAGAAUCCCCUGUGCAAAA